AUGGCGGAGCCCUCAUCCGCCCGACGUCCGGUCCCCCUCAUCGAGUCAGAACUGUAUUUUCUCAUCGCCCGGUACCUAUCGGCGGGCCCGUGUCGGAGAGCGGCCCAGGUGCUGGUGCAGGAGCUGGAGCAGUACCAGUUGUUGCCGAAGAGGCUGGAUUGGGAGGGCAAUGAGCACAACAGGAGCUACGAGGAAUUGGUCUUAUCCAAUAAACAUGUGGCUCCUGAUCAUCUGUUGCAAAUCUGCCAGCGCAUCGGUCCUAUUUUGGAUAAGGAAAUUCCACCCAGUAUUUCAAGAGUGACUUCUUUACUUGGUGCAGGAAGGCAGUCUUUGCUACGUACAGCAAAAGGUACCUUAAUUUGA